AGUAAAAGAAGUGGAAAACAAGCAUUGCAAAACAAUGAGAAAGAGGGAAAGAAGGAGCGAGCAAUGGUGGACAGAGUGUUUAUUGCAAGAAUAUGUCGAAUCCUGAAAAUAAUGGUCCCUAGAACACUUUGUAAGGAGACAGGUUAUUUGCUGCUGAUUGCUGUGAUGCUGGUACUCCGCACAUAUUGUGAUAUUUGGAUGAUUCAAAAUGGAACAGUCAUUGAAAGUGCUAUCAUUGGCCGCAGCAGAAAAGAUUUCAAGAAAUAUUUGUUCAACUUCAUCGCUGCAAUGCCUGCAAUCUCUUUAGUGAAUAACUUCCUGAAGUAUGGUCUAAAUGAAUUGAAACUUUGCUUCCGAGUAAGACUUACCAGAUACCUCUAUGAGGAAUAUCUAAAAUCUUAUACAUACUACAAAAUGGGAAAUCUGGACAACAGAAUAGCUAAUCCAGAUCAACUCCUUACGCAGGAUGUGGAAAAAUUCUGUAACAGUGUAGUGGACUUGUAUUCAAACCUUAGCAAGCCUUUCUUGGAUAUAGUUUUGUAUAUCUUCAAGCUAACAAGUGCAAUAGGAGCUCAGGGCCCGGCUAGCAUGAUGGCGUACUUGAUAGUUUCAGGGUUUUUCCUUACACGUUUAAGGAGACCAAUUGGCAAGAUGACUAUUGUAGAACAAAAAUAUGAAGGGGAGUACAGAUACGUCAACUCACGGCUUAUCACAAACAGUGAGGAAAUUGCUUUUUAUAAUGGAAAUGUGAGAGAAAAACAGACUAUUCACAAAACCUUCCGUAAACUGGUGGAACACUUGCAUAAUUUCAUUCUGUUCCGAUUCUCUAUGGGUUUCAUUGAUACUAUCAUUGCCAAAUACCUUGCCACUGUGGUUGGUUACCUGGUCGUUAGUCGCCCGUUUUUGAACUUGGCUGAUGCUCGUCAUCAGAAUAGUACUCAUGCAGAACUUCUGGAGGAUUACUACCAAAGCGGAAGAAUGUUACUGAGAAUGUCUCAAGCUUUGGGCAGAAUAGUCCUAGCAGGCCGUGAAAUGACGAGAUUGGCUGGUUUCACAGCUCGAAUUACAGAAUUAAUGCAGGUUCUGAAGGACUUGAACAGUGGCAAAUAUCAGCGUACUAUGGUAUCGCAAGAAAAAGAUGCAGAUAAAAAGCAGGCUUUGCCUUUGAUACCUGGAACUGGAGAAAUUAUCAACGCUGAUAACCUUAUCAAGUUUGAUCAUGUUCCAUUGGUGACACCUAAUGGAGAUGUUUUGAUUCAAGACCUUAGCUUUGAGGUUCGAUCUGGUGCAAAUGUUCUGAUUUGUGGGCCAAAUGGGUGUGGGAAGAGUUCACUUUUUCGUGUUCUUGGUGAGUUGUGGCCUUUGUUUGGUGGGCGUUUAACAAAACCUGUCAGAGGAAAGUUGUUCUAUGUUCCCCAGAGGCCAUAUAUGACUCUUGGAACACUCAGAGAUCAAGUUAUAUAUCCAGAUACUUUAGAAGAUCAGAGAAAGAAAGGGAUUUCUGACCAGGUGCUGAAGGAGUACUUGGAUAACGUCCAGCUGGGUCCAAUCUUGGAACGUGAAGGAGGCUGGGAUAGUGUUCAGGACUGGAUGGAUGUACUCAGCGGGGGAGAGAAACAGAGAAUGGCGAUGGCAAGGUUAUUCUACCAUAAGCCCCAGUUUGCAAUUCUGGAUGAGUGCACCAGUGCUGUUAGCGUUGAUGUAGAAGGCUACAUUUACAGCCACUGCCGAAAGGUUGGCAUCACUCUCUUCACUGUCUCUCACAGAAAGUCACUCUGGAAACAUCAUGAUUUUUACUUGCAUAUGGAUGGCAGAGGAAACUACGAGUUCAAGAAAAUAACUGAAGACACAGUCGAAUUUGGAUCUUAAAGUCAUAGAACUGCUACAGAGUCUGAUGAUUGCAGGACCCAUGUACAAUGGCAGACAUUGUACAAGAAAACUACUCAGCUUGUUUUUUAAACAAAUUGACUAGGAUAACCCAAAACAAGCUAUUAAGCAUUUACUAUUAAUGUAGGAUAUUGCUAAUUGUGUAUAUGUUGGUUUAAUUAUUGAUGUGUACUAAGAAUUUCCUUAUUCUUGUGGUUUAAAAACCUGCCUAAAUUAAAUUGGGCUUCAGUCAGUGUAACCUGAUUCAUCCUGGGAUGCAAACCAUUUGAAAUCAGCUGAUUUGACUUUUGUAGACCUUCUUUCCCUUCAGUGAAAAGCCCUGUUAAAAUUAGGGUUGCUACCUCUUCUUCCUGCAAAGCAGUCUUGGAAUUUUGCUCUGUUCUAUGCAUAUUUCUGAGUUGUCUCACAUGGUGCAGGAUAUUCUGCCAUCUUCAAAUCUGUGCCCUGUUAAAUGAAAGAGCCUUUUCCUUGACCAAGCCUUGUGAUGUAGCCAAUACACCCUUACUCAUAAAGGAUGGAAUGAAUCUAAAAGACAAAACUAAUUCCUUCUGCUAAAAAAAAUUAAGCUUGUUCUGUGAUGGGUUUUGGAUUCUCUUUAAUGUCUGU